AUGGAACCCAUGAUGGCAUCCCAGACUAUGGCUCCGGCCUUUUUUUACUACAGCCCAGAUCCCAACCCAGAGAACCGACAACACGGCCACUUCACGCCUCACCUGCACCAGCAGAUGCAAGUGUUCCCAGUCGUGCCGGUGCUUCCUUCAACGCCCAUCUACUCUAGACCGAGCUCGUCUUGCUCGCAGCCGCCCAUGUACCAGCCCAAGGCAAUGACCAGUGUGCCCUCGCAGCUGACGCCUCGCGCUUCUCCCCAGCCUCAGCCGCACCACAGACCCACGAUCAUGCUGGAGACGGAGAUUUGCGACGCCGAUGGCAUGCACUACCCGUCCACGCCACCGCUGUCUUCGUCUGGCAGUGCCAUCAGCAGCCCUGGCAGCUACGACGUUCUGGCGACUCCCAUGAACCCCAUGUUCUCGGGACUGGAUGGCUUCCAAGGCGCUAUCAAGAAGGAACUCCAGUCGCAGCAACCCGAGCAGUUCCCUGUGUUGGACUGGUCCAGCUGUGCAUCACCCCCCAUGACGCCUGUGUACCUCCAGUCUCAGGCUGCCGCACAACCAGGCAAGCUCGUCUCGCUUAACACCAGCAACGCUAGCGAGCUCCUUUCCACAGCCUCCUGCCCUUCACUCUCACCCUCUCCCUCCCCCUACGCACGCUCUGUCGCCUCGGAGCACGACGUUGACUUCUGCGACCCGCGCAACCUCACCGUCGGCACUGUCAACUCGACCCUCGCACCCGCUCAGGCUCCCGAGUACGCUGCCCUCCCCACCCUGUGCCCUGGUGACGACGAGGAGCACAAGUUUGUCUUCAGGGGUGACGCCUUCAAGACCCAGGCCGCCCCUGCCAACUCCCAGCAGCACAGCUCCACCACGUCAUCUUUUGACUUCAACCCGCACAGCCUGCCGUCCUUUGACGAUUUCUCUGACCUCGAGUCCGACGACGACUUCGUCAACGGCCUUGUCAACCUAGGUGCCUCGUCUCCUGCCGCUCAGCCCUCUAGGUCGCGCGCCAGCUCGGACGCCAUCUCCCUCGGCCACGAGAGCUUCGUUUGCGACGAGGACUUUGAGGAUUUCGACGCUAGCGAGUCCUUCGAUCGUUGCUGCAUGCCCAGUCCUCCUGAUUCCGCAUCUGAGAGUGACUGCCACCGCGACAAGCGAGCCAAGAAGACUCAGGAGACCACAGCCACAGCUGCUCCCAAGAUGAAUGUCGCCGCAGACAACUCUGGCAGCUCGGAGCAGCAGACCCCAAGCAACCAGGACAAUGGUAAUGCUGACAACAACUCGGACGAUGGCUCAUCGGGCGCUGAGAAUGGCGACUCGAACCCCGUCCCAGCACCUGCCAACCGCCGUGGCCGCAAGCAGUCACUGACUGAGGAUCCGUCAAAGACCUUCGUCUGCGAGCUCUGCAACCGUCGCUUCCGCCGACAAGAGCACCUGAAGAGGCACUACCGCUCCCUCCACACUCAGGACAAGCCCUUUGAGUGCCAGGAGUGCGGCAAGAAGUUUUCCCGCUCUGACAACCUCUCUCAGCACGCCCGAACCCACGGCUCCGGCGCUAUUGUCAUGAACCUCAUUGAUGAUGUCGAUGCUGUCGCCGCUGCUAGCUAUGGCCAUCCUAACAUGUAUGCACAUGCAGCGGCUGCCGCUAGUGGUGAGGAGUACCACACAUUUGGCAAGGUCCUUUUCCAGGUCGCCGCAGAGAUUCCGGGGAGUGCAAGCGAACUGUCUUCUGAGGAAGGCGUCAGCGACACUCACGGAAAGAAGAAGCGAAAGCGAGCUGAGUAA